AUGUCUUCUCCUCCACCCUCCAUUGAUGCACCAUCUCUUCCUCCCGACUAUCCAUUGUCUCAAAUAGCACCAUCCCCUGUGGUCCCUGCAGAAGAAACGAUAAACGACCCACCACCGCCAUAUCCUUCUCCUCGCACCCGGCGCGCGAGAGGAACGAGGCAGAACAGACGAGCACCCGAAACCUUACAGAGAAUUUCGACGCAACACUCUCAAAUACCCUCAAACGAGUCUGAUAACGAAGUCCAACGGUCUCCUAGAACUCCUCUACGUCCAUCAGUGGUGGAAAAUCCUGGUGCUGACGCUUCAGAGAUCACGCCUCUUCUGGCUGGCAGCAGCUCAUCUCGUUCCGCAAUUCUCAGACCACGGUCUUUAUCCCAAUCUAGCAUAAACAGCUUCGCCCCUUCGUUGGCAUCUCUCGCCCAAACAGCUUGGGUGUUCUUCUCGGAAUGUGAUUCGGACGAUGAAGAGUCACGGUCUGAAAAUGGGCAUGAUUCCGAAGGUGAAGAAAAUGGCGGACCAAGUCAUGCGGGUAGACGACCUCCUGCCUGUGCAGUCUCAGUCGAAACAAGAGAAGAUGGGUCAAUUCCUCCUGAGAGUGGAGGAUUCUUCUCUUCAAAAGCUUGGGCACGAUAUUUCCAUCCUGUCUUCAGAGGAGUGUAUUGGAGGUCACUCACACAUCUGGUUGUGGUGAACUUUCCGUUCGCGCUUCUCGCAUGGGUGUAUCUGUUUGUGUUCACUGUGACCGGGACCAUAUUGCUAAUUGCUCUACCGCUGGGAGCUAUACUCUGUUUCUUCAACUUACUCGGAGCUCGCGCGUUCUCCCGUGCCGAGCUAUUCAUUCAAACAAGAUUCCACAGUCCUCUCCACUAUCCUCUUUCCGUUCUCCAUGCUGCUGCCUCAACAUCAACACCCUCAAUAACACGUCUUAUCUCAAAUUACCCCAUCUUCACGCGCUCCCGCCAUCCCAGUGCCUCCGAACUUGAGUCAGGACAGGCAGUGGUGGGUGAAGAAGUCGCGGAGACGUCCUUUUACAAGAACACGUAUUCGAUGUUCACCGACUCCACUUCCUUCCAAGCCCUUUUCUAUUUCCUAGUCAUCAAACCAGCUAUCACACUUCUUUUCCUCCUGUUUUUCCUCGUCAUUUGCGUGCCGUUGCUCGUUCUGGUUGUCCCUGCUCCGAUGGUGUUGAGGGUGUGCAGGCGGAUUGGGAGAUGGCAGGCUGUGGUCGCUGUCGAGGGGUUGAUCGUUGUUGUGAGGUAA